AUGCAUUGCGAGGUGGCCGAGCCGCAGAAGCCAGGUGCGCCUUUCUACGAGGUGCUGGUGGCCAAGCGGCCCGGGCCCGGCGGGUCUGCCGGCGGGCCGGGUGGCGGCAACAGCCCCGCGGGGGCGUCCAAGGAGCUGGCCCCCGGCCCGGGCCACGGGCGAGCAGCCGCCGCGGCCGCGGCCGCUGCCGCCUUCCUGCACUCUCCGAUGGCCUUCAAGAUCACGCUGAGCGCCGGCGGGGCGGGGGGCGACGGGCCUGAGCAGCCGCCGCCGCCGCAGCCGGCCCGGGGCCCGCGCGACAUCGGGCUGCCCCUGCUGGAGCAGCUGCUCCCCAAGGGCCCGGGGCCGCUGCCCGCCCGGCCCAGGAGCCCCAAGGACUUCUUCCAGCAGAAGCCGCAGCCGCCCGGGACCAAAGUGAAUGGUGGCUACAGCCACUGUCACCUGACCCCGGAGAAGAGCCUGCUGGGCAUAGAGAUGACAGACAGCACGGUCCCCGUCUGCCGGCAGAGCCUGUUCAUUCAUGCCGCCAACCCCGGCCCCCGGGACCACCCGAUGCCCUGUGAGCGACGCCUCCACGUUGGGCAGGCCAACCUGACUCACUCAGACAACAGGUGUCCCCGGUUCCAGGACCCCUUGUGCAUGAAUGGAGGAAGCCACCCUCCUCAGCAAAUCAAGCAGGAGUGUGUGAGCGACUACAAGGCCGGGUCGGACCUCUCAGCUCCCCGGAGGUUUGCUGAGGCCUGCCCUCCCGGACUGCACGCUGACCUUGACCUCAUGAGCAGCAGCCCCUUUACAAACCCCUCCCCAUCCUACCUGCUGACCAGCGAGCAUCCUGCUCUGGGCCCAACCUCCUUGGGAAGUGGCGCACCUCCACCACCACCUCCGCCAGUCCGCUUCCCAGCAGGCGCCAGGAAGAGAUGCUGUUUCUCCAUCCUGCCGCCACCCUCCUCCUCCUCAACCUCAUCUUCUUCACCCUUAUCCGUGGAGGGCCUUGACAUCACCACCAUCAUCCGCACCCCUCAGGCCUCCUUAGUUACCUGUGUCAGCGGCCUCCGACACGGCCCCGUAGCCAUGCCCCCCAACCCCCCACCGCAGCAUGGAGCACCCAAGCCCCCUCGGCCCCCGCCCAGCCACCCCUGCAGCCUGCCCUCACCACCGGCGUGCCUCGUCCCACUCCCUGCCGAGCGGGAGCGUGGGGACCGUGACCUGCUGCCGAUCCAGCCCCUGCAGCACCUGGAGGGUGAGGGUGCCAGCCUGCGGCUCUCCGUGAGUGGGGCCGUCCCCCAGCAGGAGGCCUCUCACGGGGGCGUCGGCGGCCCCGGCCACAAGGUAGGCUUCCUGAAGCAGGAGCCGGUCGAUGACUAUUCCUCCAACCCAGAGCUGUAUCCUCCUGCCCAUCCUCCCCCUCCUCACCAGGGCCUGCCGCCCCCCUACCACCUGCAUCAGCCGCUGGGGCAGGGCUUGGGCCCCCACCUCCACCUUCCUGGCUCCCCCAAGGCCCUGCCGCCCAGCGAUGGAGAAGAGCUGGAGCUGGGGGGCGGGCGGCAGGUGUGCCGCUGGAUCGACUGUGACGCCGCCUAUGACCAGCAAGAGGAGCUGGUGCGUCACAUCGAGAAGACCCAUAUUGACCAGCGCAAGGGCGAAGACUUCACCUGCUUCUGGGCGGGCUGCGUGCGGCGCUACAAACCCUUCAACGCCCGCUACAAGCUGCUGAUUCACAUGCGGGUCCACUCCGGGGAAAAGCCCAACAAGUGUAUGUUUGAAGGAUGCAACAAGGCCUUCUCUCGGCUGGAGAACCUGAAGAUUCACCUCCGGAGCCACACAGGGGAGAAACCCUACCUGUGCCAGCAUCCCGGCUGCCAGAAAGCUUUCAGUAACUCCAGCGACCGGGCAAAGCACCAGCGCACUCACCUGGACACGAAACCAUAUGCCUGCCAGAUCCCCGGCUGCUCCAAGCGCUACACGGACCCAAGCUCCCUCCGCAAGCACGUGAAAGCCCACUCAGCCAAGGAGCAGCAGGUACGGAAAAAGCUGCACGUGUGCGCCGAGGUCGAGCCGGACGUCCUGAACGAGUGCCUGGGCAUCCCCCAGGUCCACCCGCCCUCCCAGCAUGUCCUGGAUGGGAAAUGCGGAAGACCCGUGGGCCACGAGCUGCUCCCAGGCAUGUUCCCUGGCUCCGGGGCCUCUCAGAAUGGACUGACUUCGGGGAUCCUGCCCCCUCCUCAGGACGGCCCCUCCAGGCACCACCCACUGGACUCCUCGGCCAUGGCCAGUUCCCAGCACCACCUGUCCCCUCUGCCAGCGGCAGAGAGCACCAGGGAAGGGCUCACUCCUAGCAUCCUCACUCCGCUGAAAGCGCUCCUCCCGCCUGCCGUCCUGCAGAAACACCCACUGCCACCUGCACAGACCCACCCCCCUGGAGGGCAGCCCUUCCCACCUCUUUCUAGCAAACCGUACCCACCGUUUCAGAACCCCGCAGCAGCACCACCGCUGACCCCACAAGGCUACCAAGGCAGCUUCCAUUCCAUCCAGAACUGUUUCCACUAUGGCGACUGCUACAGGGCGGUGGAGCCAGCCGGCGGCAGUGGCGGUGGAGACGGCCUGGCAGGAGAGCCCCAUGGCUUUAAUCCUCUGCGGGCCAAUGGCUAUCACACCCUCAGUGCCCCCUUGCCAGCCCAAGGCUAUGACACCCUGCCAGACGGCCCGUGUGGACCCCAGGAAGCAGGCACCACCAGCCCAGAGGAGAACGGCUUCUUCCCCAAUGGCUCAUUUGACCCCUGUUUGAAUUCCCUCCCUUCCAUCUACACCGACACCUAAGACCCGCCAUCUUGCUCCCUCUCAUUGUAUCCAUGCUAAGGCCCAGCCUGGUCUUCCAGGCCCGCAUAUGUAGCUCGGGCUGGAAGCCUGUAUGAGCUCCGGAAACCCAAGCCCAGACAGACCCCAGCUUCCCAACCCAACACUAACUCCCCCCGGGAGCCACAGGUGGGCCGGGAGCCGCGGACCUGGCCCCCCGCCAGCACGCUGCCGCAGAAGGAGGCCCCCGUAAGUCCUGCCCAAGUAGACGAGACAGUGCCCAGAAAGGACACUCCCCCGGAUGCCACAGACAGCCGGGGACCCUCCUUGAAAUUAUCUGGACUUUUCUUUUUAAUUUUAAGAUCACAGACCUCAUGUAUAUAAAUUGUACAGAACUGACGUCCAUUUCCUCAGCUGGUUUUAUAUGUUCAGAUUUACA